GCAUCACACAGCACAUGCAAGAAAUCGAAAACCAAAUCCUGCGCAUGCGAAGGCGUUCCAGAUCCACUCAUUGGUCAUAACAAGCCCAGAAACAACCCCCUUCAUCACCUUUCGGGCAUGUCGCUACCUUGGCCUUUGCAUGGCGUCUUUGCUAGACAAAAUGAAUACAAAGGACUUCAGUGGGGCAUGCAUCCGGCUUCGACCCCUCUUCUUCGGUAUACUCUACCCUGGUUAUAUAUCAGCCGAAGACUUCAAAACUCUCUGUACUUCGACCUUGCUUAUUAUCUGGAUGGCCAUAACCUUGGGAGUGCUGUAUCAGACCGG